UUAUUGUUUUAGUGAGCUUUUUCGUUUUAGCUGCGCAGACUGACAUGCAUCACAAUCUGACAUAACAUUACCGAUUAGAAUACAUCGCAGCUAUAUGAUAGCAUAGUAAUAAUAGUGGAAAUUUACCAAAUAACAAGGCAGCACACUUGUACUUUGCGUUUUAACCAGUAAACAAAAAACAUUUUAAUGUAGAAUAGAAAUGAUUUUUUUAGCCAAAUCAAACUCUGCAAUGGUGCUGAUACAGCUCGCAAUUCCCUAAAGAAGAUGUGAACGGAAACACCUCAAUAUUGUCAUGAAGAAGGGUCACUGUCAACAGUCAAGACGGCAGUAUUUUACCAGUUACAAUAAAACAAAGCAAGAUGGAAUCAACGGAACUUGUUGAAAACAUGGCUAUCAACUCUUCCAGCGAUAACAUCAUGGACAGUUCGAUGCAGUCACCUGCACAUAAUUAUUUUUAUGUUACCAACGCUGUGGACUUAAAUGACAUAUCUAAUAAUACAGUGACAUUGAAUUCCAAACAUCUUCAACUUAAUUCAGGAGCCCCUCUGUUAGUCUUAGCUAAUACUGAUAAAGGAACGAUGGAAGCUAAUGUUUUAUUAGACAGCAACGUCUCUCCUUACUUUAAAGUGGAUCUUCAGGCUAUUGCACAUGCAAAUCUAAUUGCUCAAACCCAGGAAAUGCUAGCUCUGCAGUUGAGUCAAGACUCAAUUGAUGUUCAAAAGAAGAGAACUAAAUCUAAUUGUAAGAUAUAUAAAUGUAAUUUUGAAAGUUGUGGUAAAAUGUUUUCUUCUCAGAAUUAUUUAAAUCUUCAUGAAGCUUCUCAUACUGCCAGUAAAUCAUUAGUCUGUGAUUUUAAAGGUUGUGGACGUAAAUUUCUAUGGCCUGCGCAUCUCAAUUAUCAUCGAUUAACGCAUACUAAUAAUCGUCAAUUUAUGUGCAAUAUUGAAGGAUGUAGUAAGAAAUUUUAUACGCGUCAGCGACUAAUGAUACAUACUAUGACACAUACAGGGGAGAAGCCAUUUACAUGUUCAGAAAAAGGUUGCACUAAAUCUUUUACUACGGCUGGUAAUCUUCGUAAUCAUAAAAGAAUACAUACAGGAGAAAGACCGUUUGUUUGUGAACAUGAAGGGUGUGGUAGAAGAUUCACAGAAUGUUCCAGUUUAAAAAAACACAGAUUAGUUCAUUCAGGGGAAAAACCAUUUACCUGUGAUAUAUGUGGUAAAUCAUUUAGUCAAAGUGGUACGAGAAAAGUUCAUAUGAAAUCACAUCAAGUCCCACCUAGAAAUAGAGUAUUGAAAAUAUCAGAAAUUAAACUAGAAAUUAAUAAUUCAGCAGAGCCACCAGAUGUCUUAGUUUUACAACAGUCUUCAGAGGAUCUCACACAAUUUCAUGGCCUUACUGAUCAUAUUGUUACCAUAACAACACAUCAACCAGAUGGUGAACAGAACCCAAAUGAAGUUCCACAUCAUGUUCUAGGAGCUGAAGAAGUAUUAAGUGGAGGUGAUAUAAAAACUGAUCAGUUAACAUGUGAUACAAAACCUAAUGUUGUUGUUUUAUCACAACCUCAAGAAAUAGUCAAUCUUGCCUCAUCCUAUCAUCCGGGACACGAAGCAAGCCAGGAAGAAAUUGUAUACGAUAACGACUUAUUACAUUCUCAUUUAGAUCAUGAAGAAAUUCAUGGGUCUAAUACUAGCUUGUGUGUGGACCAAUCGUCGACAGGAUUGAACGUUAGUGAAAGUAUUAUCUCGUCUCAAUCAGUCGGUGUUAUAAACACUCAGUAUAAUAGUCAGGAAUCUUUAUCAGGCUCUGCAGAAACAGGAAAAGAAAUGGCAAUGGAUCCAAUGAUGGAAUCUGAUGAUGAAGCAGAUACAGAUGUGAAACAUGUUUGAGAAUCCUGGUUUCCUAGUUCUGAUAAUAUUAUAAACUUAUGUACUGUUCUGAUGGCUAGAUUUUAUACAGUGAGGUAUGAAACAGUGAGAUAUGGAAUAUUUAGACAAUUUUAAUUCAAUUACCAUCAUCUAAUACUUGUGGGAGAUUGUUGAUACUGUUUAACUCUUUAGCACUUUGACCCGACCGUAUCUAGGGCUCCUUAGAUGUGAGGGAGGGGGAGGGGGGUCUAAACAUGUGCUCUUUAAAUCAUAAGGUCUGUAAUUGAGUUACUUGGCGUGAUUUUGAUCCCCAAGGAGCUACACGUAAGCAAAUUAGUCCCUGAAUGACCUAGUUUGAGUUCUUAGACUGUAAACAGCUGUGACGCCACAAAGAACUAUUUUGCGGUCCUACAAUAUGGAGAGUUAUUCACAUCAUAUAUCAGGAGGUUUGAGGGAUGUCCAGGAAUAUAUCGGUAUGGAGUGUAUCACUUUUCUCAAGAACUGGGGUAGUCAAUAGUUUAUGUACUGAGUGCUAAAGCGUUGACUAUGAUUCUAUUAUGAUUUAUAUCUAGUCAAAUCAUAGCAUAUUAGAUAUUAAUAAUAUCCAAGGCCAUAUUCAUGAAACUUAAACUAAGAUAUUUUAAGGUAUCCGCUUUUUCAUGGGGUAAGAAUAAGAGCUAAAAUUUGUACAAGGAAUUUAACUAUUGUCCAUUGAAAAAGCAGAAUUCUUAAAAUAGUUUUAAGUUUUUGUAAGUAUUGUCAGAGUGCUUAAAAGGACAAGACAUACUUGGAUUAGGUUAAAAACAAAAGUGUUGACUUCAUAUUUUAUGCAUUAAUUAGAUUUGUGAAACAAAAAUCUUUCUUUGUUAAAAUACAGUUUACAGUUCUAUGAAAUACAAUUACUGCUUAUUACUUGGCGAUGAUUCGACUGGGUUUCUCUGUGUAUUUCUAUUUAAUUAAUAAAUGCCAUUGAAACAAUUUGUUAAAAUAUGUUCCAAAUUCAACAGUGGACAGUUUAAGUUAAAAAAUUUCAAACUUUGUAAAGAAAACUAGUUAUAUUUAUAGCACGCUUUCUGUGUUUUAAGUAUUUUGUUCUGAAAACUUUUAAAACUUAGUAAAACAUCAGUUUUGUGACCACUCACCAAAGAAGCCCCUCCCACCUCACAGUAUACAAGAAAUGUUAUUACACAAGUGAGCUCUAUUCUCCAGAGACAGUGUAAUAUAAUAAAUCUGCCAUGUCUAAUCAUUGAAGGAGCCAGGGCGAAUGCCUGUAUUCAUUAGCCCAGUCGGUGCAGAACAGUACAACGUUAAACUCCAUUUACUUUCAAUUUAAUUUCUAAUCACUGAACAAAAGGAAAUUGAUGAUCUGUGUUAUGACUUCAACUGACGUUAACUAAACGUAAAUUCAAUGUAUGGAACUUACACUUUUACUUGAUAAUAGUAACAUUCAAGAUUAACCCAUUUCAGCUCUUUUAACCUAAAUCAAAGAGAUCCUAUGCCCUGCUUUAAUGCUUAUCGAUUGAAGAUAAUUUUUUUUAUGUCGUAUAUCAAACAUUUGUAGAACUGUUAAGCACUUUUUGUAUCAAGGUAUCCUUGUUAUUUUUAAAUGCCCACAAAUAUUUUUUUUUGUCAUACAUUGUUGUCAUUCAUGUUGGUUUGCCCAUUCACAUUUCCUACAUAUUCUACAGGCUGAAGUUUUCAAGAUUUUGAAAUUUGCAUUAACUGUGCAGCUAACCUAUUAGACAGAAGGCUCCGUGUGUGUGGGGUCGUCCAUCAAAUGGGCACAAAAUCAGGCCCAACUUUUCUAUAGUAAAAUUUUGCGUAGAAUUCGAUGCCGAGCGGUAAUCAGUCCGCCGUUGGGCGUUUUCGAGAUAUUCAGGGUCAAAUGCGUUCAUUUGCACUGAAAGUGAAUGCGCAGUCUUUCUUGUAUAAUGAAAAUAAGCUGAAAAUGAUCGAAAUAAUAGCAGAGUUAUGGCCCUUUACACCAAAAUUUUGUACACCUUCUACAGGCCUGAGUUUUCAAGAUUUGAUACAAGAAUGCCUAUGGAAAUUUAGCACUAUAUGCCUUUACAAUAAAAUGUUAUGCAUGCUUUACAGUUUUAAAUAUUGUUUUCCGAAACUUGCAGAGAUUUUCAAAAGUGAACGUAUAUCCAGCAUCUGCCAUUAUUUCUUGCCUCUACUCUUCGGGUCUGUGAUUGUUCAAAGCUGUUUGAAAUUGAUACUGUGCUACCAUCAUGUUGAUGAAACUUUCAACUCCAUUUAUUACCAUUGACAAAUAUGCUAAUGGUUUUUGAGGGUAAUAUUUUUGCUGCUACCAUGAUUAUGCUAAAUUAUAUUAUUAUUAUAACUGUUGUUUUAAAUGGGAAUAAUAAAUUCAUAAAAAUCUUUAAAUUCAA